AUGGCAAGCGAAAUUGAGUUUCUUGGCGAGGCGCCUGGCUCCCACUACUCUGGCGAUGCGCUGCUGCUCGCGGACGAGGAGGCGGACGACUCGGUCUCGGUCUCGGGCGGAUCCUCAACGCCGACCUCGCAGCUGCUCGCUGGCGGCGUCGGCAGCGCUGGUCCAGACACGGACGCGGUUGCCUCUGCAUUGCAGGCCGGCGAUCUCGAGGCGGAUCGCGACGACGACGACGACGACGACGACGGCGCGGCCAAUCCAUCCUCGUCCAGCCAACCAGCAGCAACAGGAGGCACUGCAGCAGCGACAGCAGCAAGUCCCGCGCGGAGGCCCAGGCUCGCGUCCACAUCGCUCAAGGAAGCUCUUCGUGCCGAGGCGUCCGUGUCCAGUCGAUCCGGAGCUUCCGCUGCGAAUGCUAACGCUGCAGCAUCAUCCGCUACUGCUGGGUUAGCACCCGCGGCAUCGUCGCCAGCAAGCAACAAUUCUGCAUCCAGCACAGCAUCAGACAAGCCUGCUCCCCAGGCGGCUCAUCAGAGCGACAGCGUCGUCGAGUCCGCGGAAGACAUCCCGUUCAACUGGGCGGCAGACGAAAAACACAUCUUCAUCCUGAGUAAUGCCGGCAAGCCCAUCUACAGCAGCUCGAUUAUUGCCGGCGAUUAUCGCUUUGUGUUCCUGUCAAAAGGUCCCAUCAUUCUUGUGGCAGUCGCCCGAACGGGAGAAUCCGAAAUGCAUGAUUUAUUGUUUGCAAUGAUGAUUGCAGAGAAGCAGCUCGUGACCCUUGUGCGACCGAAAAAGUAUCCGCUGCAUCCUUCUGCGCAUGUCGACAUUGCUGGUCUCCGUCAUUUCAUCUACAAGUCUAAGAACACUUCUCAGUUUACUCAGCCCGAGCUCGAGGCACCGUACACGACGCCUGAAGAGCGCCAACGGUAA